AUGGAAUCACUGCAGCCAAUUCUUUCCGAAGACAUUACAUUUGAAAUUCUCGUAAGAUUACCUGUGAAAACAUUAUUGAGGAUGAGGAGUGUUUUGAAAUCUUGGCUUUCUCUUGUCUCUAGUCCCCAAUUCGUCAGAAAGCAUCUACAACAUCCGGUCACGAAUCAAGAAUUUAGUCUCCUUUGUACCAAUAAUCGCGAAACUUUUCAGACUUGCCCUCUUAACACAAUUAUGUACAAAGAAGAUCCUCCGACUAGUAUACCCAUUGACCUCGAUUUUGAUUGGCAAGUGACAUCACAUCGUCAAUGUAACAUUGUGGGUUCAUGUGAUGGGUUGUUAUGUUUAACUAACGAGUUUAUGAAUUUUAAAAUAUGGAAUCCAUCAACUAGAGAAUUGAGAAAAAUUCCCGCCCUUCCAUGGAGUGGUUUAUGUCCUCAGGCUCAGGCUUAUGGUUUUGUUUAUAAUGAGCAUGAAAAUGAUUACAAAGUGGUUGUAAUUGCGUGGAAUAACUAUAGUGAUAUUUUGCGUGAGGUUAACUUUUAUAGCCUACGAACUAAUUCAUGGCAAAAGAUAAUAGAGUUGCCAAGUACUGCUAUCGGUAUAGGCGGCUAUUUUGGUGAAUUUGGUACACUUGUAAAUCGAAGACUUCAUUGGGUCGCAAUCGAUGCUAAAGUUGGUUCAAAUAAGUUUAUUUUCUCAUUAGACCUCGUUGAUGCAAUAUAUGGGAAUGUAGCAUUGCCCAAUCCUGAAGAUAAGUCUGAAUUUGAUUGGCACAUAGGGACAUUGGGAGGAACUCAACUAGUAAAUGCUGCACCAUCCCUAGAAGCGAGUCCAUCCAACAUGUUUUUAUGCAUGGAGAAGCAGCCCAAAAACUUGGAAUCACUUUGGAGGGCCACUGGGAAUCAGAGGACACACAGGAACCAUUCGACACAUGCUUCAUGA